UUGUGCAAAGAGUCUGCAAUGUGAGAAGGUCCAAAGAGCAAAUGUUAUACACGACUAAGAACAGACUCUGAAAUGAGGAACAUCCAGGCUGAAGAUCGAACGAGAUGUGGAGGAAUUACUUUUCCAUCAUUGCUGAUCAAGAGAUGCUUGGAUUUGAAAGACUGUGAGAGCUUUCAACUCUGGAGAUUUGGGCUGUGAUAGUUUGAAUUCCGAGCACGCUUCCGCGCUACCAAUUGUGAUCUUUACGUUUGUGAACGAAAUUGGAGCUGUGAGAAAGAGCGAGAGAAAAUGGUCGGACCAUUCACUGGUGUGCUCUUAAACCACAUAGCUCGAGAAACAGAGAAUGUGCUGAAAACUGCACAGUUUUACAAGGAGAUCUUUGGGUUUCAAAACAUACAGACCCCGAAGGAGUUUGGAGACUCCGUUGUUUGGUUGAGCCUGCCUCCUUCUCACUCACUCCAUAUUAUCAAACGAAACCCCGAGUCAAGAUUACCGGAAAGUCCUUUUACAGCGACAGAUGAUGCCCGGCGCGACGAAAGAGCCCUUCCAAUGGCUCACCAUCUCUCCUUCCGCGUUUCGGACUAUGACGCUGCUAUUGAGCUCUUGAAAGAGAAGUCCAUUCCUUACUACGAGAAGACGCAACAAGAGGGCCGAAUCAAGCAAGCUUUCUUCUUCGAUCCAGACGGAAACGGUCUGGAGAUAGGAAAUUGGCCCAUCGAACAAUAAUUGCACAAUGUCAUGCUGUCAGCCGUUCAAGUACUUCAUCUUGAUGCUCACUUCAAGUAUACAGAGUAUUUAUUACUUUACAUGAGAAUCUGGAAAUAGUAAUCAGUGUGUUAUAAUUUGAAGCCGUGGUGAUAAAGGCGCAUCCUCUCGUGACCCACGACGAUUAGAAACCUUGAGUCGGAUAAAACACCCUGAUUCACCCUCUAUGUCACAUCCUUGUAAUUAUAAACAUCUCAAUUGUCCAAAUGCUCACAAGCGGAACUGAUGAAGCUUCCCUUCAUGAGCAAUGAAGGCUCUCUAGUUUCAUACCUUCUGCAUAAAUCGCUCGUCCUGAUUAUAAUUGC